GCGUGUUUACGGGCGAUGCUAACGAAGCCGGAAGUAUCCGUGGGUGAAUCCUCUCGCUCUUCUUGGUACGCUACUACUCUUCGUUGAAGGUUUUAAACUAGGCGUUUCCGCUCUCCGCGAGGCAGGAAAUAUGUUCGUCUUUCCAUCUGGUCCCUCCUUUGCGGCAAUUUGACCAGUGUCUGCUCUCGGACACUACGGUGGUUUGUUGGACUUCCCAGCACCAGGCAGACGCGGUCCUCUUUGUCAAUGGCGAAUGUAACAAUAAAUACGUCGGGGAAAGACCUGGAUCCAGGAAAACCYGAAGGAGGAGCAGGCAGAGCCAACUACGUUGCAUUUGCGCUGGUGCCAACUUUCUUCGUUCUGGGCCUCAUCGGGGUGYUGAUCUGCCACAUGUUGAAGAAGAAGGGCUACAGGUGCACCACGGCCCAGGACGACGAGGAUGAGGAGUGUAAAGAGGAUUUGGAUCCAGAGCAAGGUGGAGAGAUGAACGACACCUUCGGUGAAAACGAUACAGUUGGACACAUUAUCCACUACAUCAUGAAAAAUGAAGCAAACUCGGAUGCCCUCAAAGCCAUGGUUCAAGACAACAGCAUCGAUUCAGAUGGGCCGCCGCUCACCCCCACCUCCAUGGGGUCCUUGUCCCCAUCGAUGACCCCCGUUUCACCAGGAGCCCCUCCGGCAGCAGCCAAGCACACCUGCAACCACCUGCACACCAUCGGCGGCCUGGGCGGCCAGGCCAACAUCUGCACUCGCUGCAGCCAGAAAAAAUGGCCGCUGAUGAGGAAGCCGUCGGCCCGCAAGCCGGAGCAGCGCCGCAGUCAUCUGGGAGAGGUCACGGUCCUGGCUGUGGGCAGGUUUCGUGUGACAAAGUGUGAAAAACCAGCGAGGGAUCGGAAGACUCUUCUGGUGAUGGACUCCAACGGGAGCGUUCCUUCAACGCCCACAGGAGCGGCAGCCCACAGCCGGACCACGUCAGAGUCCCAACAGGAGCAAACAUAACGUAAAACCAAGAGAAUCGAUAAACUCCAGCUUUUCCAAAUCAAGAGCCGGAGCAACACCCGGACGCUUUACACAAAACAACAAGAACAUUGAAAUAUCAGCAGAGGAGGGAUGAACUGAGUUGUCGCUCCACAGGAAGUGAGCACUGAGGCUGGAGGAGAGCACAUGAUGGUUUGAAACCCACCCUCCGGUGGCUGCAGUGGAGUCGCAGCAGUGCCCUGCUCAGUGGCAUUACAGCAGGACAGGAGCCUGACGCCACGAUGUGAGCUGAGCUUCCCUAGAACUUUAGUCGUCUUACUCAGCAUGUUCAAGUGGUCCAAAAGACUUUUGUGUGUGUGUGUGUGUGUGUGUGUGUGACCAGUUUCAGUUAUAAAACUCCAAACAGAAACAGGAUUAGUUAGUGUUAGUGUUGGUAAUAACUUACUAACGGUUUAUCUACGUUUCAAGAUUUCUCAUAGUUUGGGUUUUUGUAUUUUAAAAAGAAGUCCUUGAUUUAUUUUAAUGUCAGUCAUAUCUCAAUAAAGAACUCUCAGAACUCUAAUAAUAAACACUGAACACAACUUCUUCAGGCGCCGAGAA